AUGCCGCUCGACCGGCACGACUGUCUGGCGCUGCUAGUGCAGCUGGCCGAGGAGGAGGACUUGCGCGUCACCGUGAAGGGCUCAGCCUGGGGCGCGCUGGUGGCCGGCUUGGGCGCCUUCGUCGGCGGCGUGGCGCUCGGCCCGCCCGGUCUGCUUCUUGGCGGCACUGCCGGCGGCGGAGCGGCGUACGCCAUGAGCCGCGACCAGUUCCGGCCGGCGGCGCAGGUGAUCCGAGAGAUGCCGCUGGACCGGCAGCGGCGGCUGGUGGCCUCUGCCAGCAGCCUGGUGCAGCGCAUCCGCGCCGAUGACGUCAUCACGGCGCUCGCCAUGCUGGCCACGGGCAGCGUCAUGGGCGGGCUGCGCACGGCCAUCAUCGGCCAGGUGGUGCACUUCCUCACGUCCGAGAUGGCGCUGCAGAUGGUUGAGUGACAUGCCUGUAGCUGGGGCUCGCGUGUGUCGCUGGGAGCGGUGCGCUUCAGACGGGGCUCGCGUGUGUCGCUGGGAGCGGUGCGCUCACCAUGCUGGCCACGGGCAGCGUCAUGGGCGAGCUGCGCUCAGCCAUCAUCCGCCAGAUAGUGCUGUUCUUCAUUGAGAGAUGUCCUUGAAGGUGGGCGAGUGACGUGCCUGUGACCGGGGCUCGCGUGUGGCGCUGGGAGCGGUGCGCGUCAAAGGGGCCUCGUAUGGCGGUGCGCGUCAGACGCAGGAAUCAGGUCGAGUUGGGUCGAGUCACGCGCGGGGGGAGAGGGUACAGAACGGCAGGUACUGGACACAUGGCGUGCAACGCCGGAUUUUUGGCAUGCGAGCGGGUUUCCAUGGUGACCGUAAGUGAUGUACUUUGAGACGCCAGCUUUCAAACGCGACAUGACUGAUCAGUCGUCGGUAAUUGUUUAUCGUUCCCCUUUACAGCCACCCGGUAAUUGUUUAACGUCAUAUUUUGGUGGGAGCUUUUUGAGCUGCGUUGCGUCGUGUCUUGUGUCGUGGUUCACGGGAAGCAUCGCGGACUUUCCUCGGUGGUAUUUGGAGCGCUGAGGGCUCCGGUCAUUACAGCUUUCAGCGCAGGCUGUAGUCUGUAACAUGGCUGGUACGGAUGCCGAGCACGUAUUUUCUUUGAGCUCUUACGAUCAGACUGCACUUAAAUGUGAGCGAACAAACUACGAGAAGCCAUUGUCGAUCAGAAUGGUUGACAUUGCAUCCAAUACACAGCUGUGAUGGAAUUGUUCUAAGUGCUCCCAGUGUUACAAUAUACCGUGGAUUGGCCUGUACGGGCAUGGUGGAUGGUUUGACUGAGGUGUCUGUUGAACAAGAGCCUGAUGUGUGGAAAUGCAGA